CUGAUAUGGUUUUCUGAUUCAUUUGGCUAGAGGUCACGAAAUAACACUCAUUUCGUAGUUCCACGAACUCAUAAUUUUCUUAAAAUGUGAUUUUAAUUUAGGUGGCGAAAAAGUACUGACUCUACCCUACGCAUUAAUAUUCAAUCUGACCUGUGUAAUUUUCAAACUAGUCUUAUAGAAAAAAUUAAAAGUUUUAAGGAUCACAAAUUUCACAAUUUAUGUACUUGAAUUUAAUUAUUUCUCUGAGUGAUCAAGUGAAAUUUAAGUUUCAUAUUUUCAAUGAAACAUUUCAUAGAAAAUUAAAUAUUAUUAAAAUUUAUUCUAUGAGAGUUUGUUUAAUCAACGUUUUGCAUUUAGGAGGCAGUUUAGUAUACUUCCUUAUUUAAGGAAAGUAAGUAUCUAACAUCCAAAAAGAUCAGCUUGUUUAAUAUUUUUUAGCGUGUUGCAUUAAAUUAUAUUUUAUUGUUGUUUCAUGAAACAUUUUUAAUUUCAAAUUUAUUUUUAUCGUUUUUAUCAGUUGAUUUUUGCUUAUCAAAAAUUGUAUCUAUUUUUGGAAAAUGUUAGGAGUUCAAUUUUUCUAUUUGCAGAAGUUGAUUUUUUUCGUAUUUUCCCAAUGCGGAGUGUUUGUCUUAGCUUUUUCGAUAGUGCGCAAAGUUAUUCCUUCCUUUUCUCUAAUCUCGAGAAGGCGCUAUUUGUGCAUCCUUUUGCUGCCUGCCGUCUCAGUCGAGUGCUGCUUGAGCUAGGGAUCACAUCACAAUGUGGUUCCACUUUUCUGCCCUCACUCUCGCCUUCCUGUUGUUGGAUCUCCCUGAGAAUGGACUGGCGAAUCAGGAUGACGCUCUUGAACUUAUCUUCCGACAGAGGACACAGUCAGACUGGGAGCGAGUGUGGCAUCAUGAGAGUCAUUCGAGGUGUCGAGAGAGACUCGUGAGGCAUUUGUUCUGGGCCUGUGAGAAAGAUAUCUAUCGGUUGACAAGGAGGAAUUCAAUGGAAACUUCAAAGGAUGACAGGAUGUCGAGAAGAGAGAAGAAAUUGGAAUUCCCAUGGUUGGAUAAGUCAGAUGCUCUGACUGUUCUUCGGAUUAGACGAAAUUCUCGUGGACAGCCAACUGGAGCUAGUAUCACGAGAGAGUGCUGUACUCGGGUCGGAUGUACUUGGGAGGAGUAUGCCGAGUAUUGUCCGUCAAACAAACGAAUCAGCCGGAAAUAGAUAUUCCUGCGGGCAUUGUGUGGGCAAAGGGAGAACUUUGGGACAGGGGGAGAUCGUGUGUGCAUUUUGGUGUCUAUGGCUUAAUAAAAGUGACUUUUUUUUGGCAGAUUUUUUGAUUUUUAAAAUUGUUUUAUAUAAUUAAAUAUUUUUCUUCAUAUAAAUUA